AUGCGCCGGGAUGUCUGCAGUCUUGCUAUGGGGGAGCUUUUUGUGCAGCUGUACAUGGAGCAAGUCGAGGUGCCGCUGCAACCGACUGCGCGCGUAGGAGACGAGGGCUGCCUGCUGUUUCCGACCAAUGACGAGGUCAGAAGGGAGCUGUCGAAGCUGUUCCGGGAUCGGAAUAGCAUGGAGGUGGAUGGUGUUCUCCUCGCCGCCGCAGUGAUGAGUAUCGCAUCAGCGCUCGAUAUCACCCAGGAGCAACUGGAAGCCGCGUGUGCACAUGAGUUGCGAACACAUGGGACACGACUCCUCAGACGGCCCAGCGUGGGGUACAGGCAGCGGGAGCGAGAUGCAGCCGCGAGGUCGCUCCCCGAACUUCUUCACAACACCCCCGCUCCACUGCCUAACCAUGGUGUCGUCCGUGUAAACUUCCCGCAGACGCAGGGGGGAAGCGACGUGCACACACAGGGACACGUCUCCAACACGGUCAAGCCGAACACCCCAGACGCCACGCCCGUUAAGGGUCGUCGUGCAGGUCGUCGCAUGCAGAAGACCAGUGCCACCCUGGUGAAGGCCAGCGGCGCGGGGGGUGUGGGGAAACGGGGAGGUACGAGCGAGUACACCGGGGUGUGGUUUGAUCUCCGCGUGCGAAAGUGGUGUGUCAAAAUAGUUGCGGAGCCUUCGACUGGGAAGCAGGUCCGCCUUGGCGCGUACAUGGAUGAGAAGGACGCGGCUUACGCGUACGCGGCUGGAGCGUUUGUGAUCAGGAGGAAGGACCACUUCCCCAAGGUGAUGGCGUUGACAGACGCGGAGAUGGCUGCACUGGAGGGAGCAAUAGUGGAUGACGUGAGGCAUCUUGUACAGAAGCGCCAGUGGUACAGGUGGAGGGAGUGGCGUAAAGCCAUGAACGACAUUGGUGUUUUGCCAGGAACGCCCUUCAAGCUGGAGCCAGGUGCGGAGUCACCUCCACCUAAAGCAGAGGCCGCUGAUAGCGAGACACGGGAUGCUGAAGCAGAUGAGGAUCUUGAAAUUUGCGAGCAGCUGCGUGUGCAUCUUUUUGUGGACGCGCCGGACACGGUGAUGUCGUUCUACCCCAGUAACGCGGCGAAGAGUGCCGGGCUGUGCGCGAUCAUUGACCGUCUGACUCCCGCUUUUGCAAGCCUCGCAUUGGCUGCAGACAAAGGGAGACGCGCUGACCUGAACCGUUCGUUUAGCGACUGGAAGACGGCGGCCGCGGGGCGUGUCCGGGACAUUGCGAUGCCGAAACUGGGACUUUUCCGCAACGAGAAGGACGCGCGCAGCCCGUGGGCUGCCCCCAAGGCUCGCUCGGCGGCGAGGGUGAAGGAGCGCCUGCUGCUGACACUCGAUGGGGAGGGUAAGACAGUCUCGCGAUGCUUGGUGACCGACGCGAUCCGCUACUGGGACACCCGCAAGGGCAGGCUGUCGAACUCUGCGGGUGUCAACGCGCAGAUCGUGGACGGCCUCCGCGAGUGCGCGCUCGUGGACGUCAUGGCUGCCAUCGAGCAGUUCCAGCCGCAGUACGACCCCACGACGUCAUCAUGGGCGUGGGGCCGCCAUGGGCUGCGCCUGUCUGCGUGCGGGAUUGAGAGGCAGGAGCACGCCGGGCAGGCACCCAGCGUGAGCGAAGGCGCACGGGACAACAUGUCCCUUACCUGA